AACGUUGGAUGGUUCAUGGAGGCGAAAAUCUCGAUGCGAUGUAACCGACCGCUUUCCAAGCGAAACGAACCAAAGGAAAUUAAGCAAAUGUGAUUCUUUAAUCCUUUCUUUCUCUGCAAUCCUCUUUCUACCUUCUUCGCGAACCCACCCCAAAUCACAAAGACGAAAGAAAUAAAUUUUUUUUAAAAAGUAAGGACACCUUCUAAAGGAAUACGUGCUCUUCUGUCUCAAGCAUCUCCUUUCUCCUUCCUUCAAUCUCAAAUAGCCUCUGUCGUCUGAUCCCGAAAGAGAAGAAAAAGGAAAGGGGAAGAGAGCGUUUGGAAAGGAGGAGAGAUUAUGCGAAGCUUUUCUCAGGUUCGGCGUUGUCGAAGCUGCACCCCUUUGGCAUCCGUCAACAGGGACGGCGAUGAUGAUGAUAAUGAUAUCCUCGCCCGUCGCCAAUAUCAUAAUCGCCGUAGUUUCUCCUACCAUAAGCUCCCUCAGCAGCUCCUCAAGCUCUCUGUCCUCAAAUUGGACGGUUCUCGCUUCGAGGUUCAGAUUUCGAGGACAGCCUCGGUUUUGCAACUGAAGCAAGCGGUUGAGGAGGUUUUUAGACAGUCACCCAAGGAGGGCGAAGACCAGAUUUCUUGGUCUCAUGUGUGGGGCCAUUUUUGUUUAUCUUAUGAAGGCAAAAAAUUAAUCAAUGAUAAGGAAUCUCUUCAGACAUUUGGAGUUAAGGAUGGUGAUCAGCUUCAUUUUAUUAGGCAUCUAUCAAUUAACUAUAAUCCGAUCAAGAGGCGUACUAAAUAUCACAGAUCGGCUUCCAAACAUUCACAUGCGGUGAGGUCAGGAGCAUCAUCAAAUAUCCGUGAAGAAAAUGGUGAAGAUAGCGAUGAAGGUGGUAAUAGCCCAGAGGCAGAUGGAUGUCAUCAGCAUCAUCAGAAAAGUGACCACCAUGAGAAGAAAGCUAUCAUUGGACAUGUGGAAUUCAAGUUGGUUCAUUUCUUGAAGGGGAGGCUCACAUACUCAAGGUUGUGGUGUAUGAGGAGAAAGAGGACAGAGGAGCGGCCUCGUCCUUCAAAGUUUGUUGCGAAUUGCUUAAGAGUUGGACUGAAAUAGACACGGACCUAAACAUAAAAAUGCACUGCCAAGGAGGAAUGAAGGCCUGGCCCUUGAUUCAGGCUGUUAGCUCCAUUAUGGGCCACACUUAAAAUUUGUGCAUGCCCACUGUGGGACAGUGGAUGGAACCCUCACCAACUUUGUUACAUUGGGAAAAUAGUCAAGGUUAAAUCUUUUUGGUAGGAGGAUUGUUUACCAUUCAGUAAUUUGUGUCUUAGCAUCUGUAGGCAGACCUAAUGGUUGACUAAAGUGUAACUAAAGUUAUGGCCCAUGAUAAAGUGGAAUGAUGGAAAAGGAUUCAUGUCGCUAAACACAUUUAGUUGGAAUAAGGCUUAGAUGAUGAUGAGGUGGAUAAUGAUGAAGAUGAGCGUCUGCAGGAAGACAUGUAAAUCAUCUGUACAAUUCGUAAAGUUGGAUUUAAUUUGCAGGAAUAUAUAUUUGCGAUGACUUUUGAUAGA